ACUAACCACGAGUGUUAGGGAAAGGGAAAAGCACUUAACAUUAAACAAUGGCGUUGUUCUCUUCUGCCGCAACCGUUCUUCCUCGGAACCUGGCAUUCACCAAACUCUCCCUCUCUCACUCUCACACUCUUCUACCGCGCUUCCUUUCUUUCCCAACUCCCAAGUCAUCAAACCCUCGCAACCGCGUCGCAGUCUCUCUCCAAACCCCACGCGCUCAAUCCGCCGCGUCCGCUUCUCCCUCCGCCUCCUUCCACGGCCUCUGCUACGUCGUCGGCGACAAUAUCGACACCGACCAGAUCAUUCCCGCCGAGUACCUCACCCUCGUCCCUUCCAAGCCCGACGAGUACGAGAAGCUCGGCUCCUACGCCCUCAUCGGCCUCCCCGCCACCUACGCCACGCGUUUCAUCGAACCCGGCGAGAUCAAAACCAAGUACGCCAUCGUCAUCGGCGGCGCCAACUUCGGUUGCGGCUCCUCCCGCGAGCACGCCCCCGUCGCGCUGGGCGCCUCCGGCGCCGCCGCAGUGGUCGCGGAGUCGUACGCUAGGAUCUUCUUUCGGAACUCCGUGGCCACCGGCGAGGUGUAUCCGCUGGAGUCGGAGGGACGCCUCUGCGAGGAGUGCACCACCGGCGAUGUGGUGACGAUUGAGCUCGGAGAGAGCCGCUUGAUCAAUCACACCACCGGAAAGGAGUAUCGCUUGAAACCGAUCGGCGACGCGGGUCCAGUGAUCGAGGCCGGUGGCAUCUUUGCCUAUGCCAGGAAAACCGGCAUGAUUCCCUCUCGUUGAGAUGUUGGCAUGGAAGUAUAUACUUGGGGAAGCUGGAACGUUUCGUGGAACUGUGUUACUUUCUCAAUUCAGAUUUUAUCUCGUAAUAUGCAAUUUUAACAUUUGAUAGGCAAUUCCACAGAUAGACUACUGCAUUGCCUUUCUUAGGUGAAAGUUAUUUGGUUGAAAAUUAUUACAGUAGUUUAGCUUUAGACUUGCUUAUUUGUAUUUAGGAAAAAUGAUAUUUUCCUUGAUAUCAGAGUUUGGAUGAAUGUAGCAUCAGCAGGAUAUUUAGUAAAUUCUGGUUUGUACCCUUUUGCAUUGCAAGGCUGAUUUGAGAGGCUUGUUUUUAAAUAAUAUAAAAUAAAACGGGCGAAUUAGAUCCUUCACAA